AGCGCAUCCUAUAUGUGCUCGGCGAUGUAGGAUUUACGGAAGAGGAGUCCCAGGCGUGGCAGAGGAACUUCCGUCUUUUACAGCGUAAAAAUGGUAAGUCUUUUGCUCUUAAUGUAUCUCUUUUUAAUGUAUUUGUCCAUUUAUGUCCACUAAUCGUGCCUGCAUUCGAGAUAGGGUGAGCUACUAAGCUCAGUAUCGCCUGUGGACGCGGUUUUAUAGUCGGUUGCAGCAGAGGAAUGAGAGGACGGGCAUCAUUAACACGGUUGCAGAAACUAAAGUGAGCUGUGCUGAGUCUUUUUUUCUCCGGCCCCCUUUUUUUUCUGGUAACUGUGACUGAUACCUUUCUCAAAGCUCUGAUUCUACACGAUGGUAAACCCGUCUGUACAUUAAUAUUAAUUAAUGUAAAUGGUUUUGAUGAGCUGCAAUCUCGGUCACCUGAAAACGUCCCAUCCACUGACGUUAUCCCAGCAAAAUAACACUAAACCCUAACAUGAAAUUACAGAUCCCUUUUCUCUGUGGACGGUGUUGUCUUGUCUGAAAUAAGUGUAAAUGACUGUAUCUUUUAAGCAGUAUCAAAGUGUAGCCACUGUAUCCUUCUAUGCAGCUCUUAAUGGUUCCUGGUUAAAACUGACCUCAUGAGCUGACGCUGUCUGUUGAGUCAGCCUCACUGGACUGGGUGGCUCAGUUUCUCUCUGUGUCUUUUAAUGUUAAAUACAUAAUUCAGUAAAGAUUUAAUCUGCAUUUGGACCCAUCCUGACACUGAGAGUAUUCAAUUUCCACAGACAGCGACUCUGCGCCCCUACUUGAACGCUGUGAGGGCCACUCUGCAGGCAGCUCUCUGUCUGGAGAACUUCUCCUCUCAGGUGGUGGAGCGUCACAACAAGCCAGAGGUGGAGGUCAGGUAGGUUUGACUCUGUGUUUAAAGAAAGCACCCAUACAAGUAGUCCCUGUGCUGGGCUUUCUCCAGGUUUCUGGCUCUUUAGCUGUCUGCAGAGCAUCUUAAGUCCACAUGUAUGGACUUGCACAAACCUGCACAGGUAAAACUUUGCAGUAAAAAAAUGACACAAGCAUGGGCAAGGCUGCAAAACUGGCCUGCGGGGACUUGCAGCGGCCUUUAGCAGCUGUCUUUUGAGUACAACUUACAGAAAAAAAUUCCUGUCAUUCUAUAUGAAUUUCUCUAGUUCUAUGCAGAGUCCUGCAAAGUCUCAAAAAGAUGACUUUCAGUGUUGCUAAAACUAAAACGGGUGCAGUCAGAGGUGUUGACUAGAUGAAAAAAUCAAUCAAUCAAUCAAACUUAAUUUUUAAAGCACUUGUCAUACAUAUAAUGUAGCACAAAGUGCUGUCCAUUUGCGCGGGAUAUCAAAAACAAUGAAAUAAAAUAAAUACAAAUACAAAUACCAAACCCCACCCACCCUUACAACCCCCAUCCAACGCAUACAGCACUAACACGCACACACACAGAUACAUAUGCAAAAGACCAGGUGAGGACUCUUCAACUUGACACAGAUGACUGAGGAAACACUAUCUUGAGUUAAUAGAAAUGAGGAAACACUUGAUCUAGGACUUAAACGAUAAAACCAUGAUAAAAUAUAAUAAAGGUGAUAAAGCAUUAAAAUCUAAAUAAAUAAAACAUUCUUAAAAUCAAACAAUAAAAGAAAGUAAAUUAAAAAAAGAGGUAAUAAAACACAGAAAUGUUACUCUACAACUAAAAUAGGGUAAAAUCACAUAAUGCAGAUUAAAAGAUUAAAACAAAAUUCAACUUAAAGCCAGACUAAAAAGGUAGGUCUUGAGUUUACUUUUAAAAAUAUGAACAGUAGGUGUCGCUCUCAGGUCUGCAGGUAGGCUGUUCCACAGAUGGGGACCGUAAUGUUGGAACGAUGAUUUAGUUUUUACUUUGGGAACAAUUAAAAGACCACCACCUGAAGACCUUGGGGCUCUUCUAGGCUCAUACAGUAAAGCAAAUUAGAUAAAUAAGAAGGACCAAGACCAUAAAGAAAGAGAAAGAACCUUAAAAUCUACUCUUAAAGACACAGGUAGUCGAUGCAGAGAUUUUAAAAUUGGUGUUACACCGGCCGAAUACAUUUUCUACCGGCCAAAUAAUAAAUGUCCUUUUUUUGUUAAAUAUCUGUUUAAGUACUUUUCAUCGAGGUAACAGGAUCAUAUUGCAAUAUAUAAUUAGAAAAGAGACUCAUUAGUAUAAAUAAAAUUUAAUCUGAUUAAUCCAAUAUUCUCACCAGAAACCAUUGCACUUGGACAAAGGUUGAUGCUGUGUGUUAAGAGCGGAUCUUGGCCUCAAAGAUCAAACCUACUACAAAAGCAACAUCAGCAACUUGAGCCCACCUAUAGUGUACCGUGCAGGCCUGUUUACCAAGGGGUGUAUUGUGCUGUGAUUACAGGAGCAGUAAGGAGCUGCUGCUUCAGCCUGUUGUCAUUAGCCGCAAUGACAAGGAGAAGGUCCUCAUCGAGGGAUCUAUCAACUCUGUUCGAGUCAGCAUUGCUGUCAAACAGGUCAUUUAUAACAUUUAGGGUAUUGUUUAGUCUGUUGAUAUUUUUUUUUUUGGAUAGCCUAAUGUUCAUUCAAAAACUAUGCCCCCACAGGCUGAUGAGAUUGAGAAGAUCCUUUGCCACAAGUUCAUGCGUUUUAUGAUGAUGAGGGCAGAGAACUUUUUCAUUCUGAGGAGGAAACCAGUAGAGGUAAAUAUUUUUAAUGGUGUUAAAAAAAAAGCUGCUGACAGAUCAAAUAAAAAAUGAGGACCACUCUCAACUUUAGUGAUGCCAAAUGUCAUAGUUAUCAUUGUACACAAAUGUAGUGGUUUUUGUUCACCGGUGUACGGUUCUUAAGUGUGCACAUCCCUGUUUCUCAUCAACAAACCUACACAAGUGAUGUUUUUGGAGUUUGUUGAUCGCCCCCUAACUUGUUUCUAUUUCCUCUCUUGCCUUGUUCUGUCAGGGGUACGACAUUAGCUUCUUGAUUACCAACUUCCACACGGAGCAGAUGUACAAACACAAGCUAGUGGACUUUGUGAUCCACUUCAUGGAGGAGAUUGACAAGGAAAUCAGCGAGAUGAAACUGUCCGUCAAUGCAAGGGCCCGUAUCGUUGCAGAGGAAUUCCUGAAGAAUGUAAGAAAACUUUCAGCUGCCUGUGUUAGUGACUAGAACAGCUGGAGAAUUGACGCACAGGAAAAUUGAAAGUAAUGUGACUUCUUUCCACAGUUCUGAGGACUGGGCUGUUCACGAUCCCGCAGUAACAAGGAAACAGCUCCGAGGGCCAGUCAGCACAGGAAAGGAGGACUAGAGAAGUGAGCAGCCAAUCAGAGAGAAGAUAAGAGGAACAUGACCAAUCUGAUGAUAUCAUUUGCACCCAUCUCGAGUAUUUCCCUGUACUCAUGAAUAUCAAUGACUGUAUAUAAUGAAAAAUAUACCAGUUUCAUUUUCAGCCACUUAGAACAAAUCCCCAAACAAAGGCGGGUCCUUAAAGUAUUGAUCAUGUUGAUAGUCAUGAGUACAGGGGCAUUGAGAUUGUGUUGAUGCAAACCAAAUGGCCGGGUGUAUGUAUUUUUCUGUGUGUGAGUUUGUAUGUCCUGUCACAUGUUUCAAAUUUGUUAAAAAAUUUCUCUGUUCAAACCAUAUUUCAGAAAAUAAGUCUGUUUUGGAUUUAAUCAGGAACAUGGAGCAAAAGCUGUCUGUAAGAAAGCCACAGAAUCCCAUGUAGAAAAGAACAAAAGUUAAUAAAACUCUGUUGUUUUAUACCC